GCGAUAUUUUUGUGUCAGCCGCCUUAAUAUUUGUCAACGCAGGGAUCUAGUGGUAAACAAAAAAAAUUUAUGGAUUUUUAAUAAAAAUUUGGAAAUUUUUUAAAAACUUCUGCCAAAAUGGACUUGUACGAUGAUAUAGACACUAAACCCAAAACUUCGCAAAUAGAUGGCUGGUCGUCAGGUAUUAAAAUGCUGCAAACACAGCUGGCCAUCAAAAAGGCCCAGCUGCCCAAAGCCAAGGAGCCCACUAAGAAACCGUUAAUGACACCGGUGGUAAAUCUGAAAUCAAAAAAAAUACAAAGCUCUGAGGAAAUUUUCCUAACCAAAAGCGAAAACAAACGCAUUAUAGCUGCUCAACCGCUGGUACCUUCGCUGGAAAAUGUUAAAACAGAUGAUUGGGAUUUUGUGGAUGAAUACGAUCCACAGUGGCCGAAUGAGUAUGAAAAAUUGAAAGAAAAACAGAAUAGCAACAAAGAUAAAGGUAGAGAUGAUCGUGAACGUGACCGGGGACGUGAUAGAGAUCGUGAUCGGGGUGAACGAAAACGUGGCCGUAAUCGUAAUUCACGCAAUAAUGAUUCACCUCCGGUGAAAUUCAGUGGUUUUGGCCAGCGCAUAACAGAGGAGGAACGUUACAGUCCUCCUGCACCGGGUUCCGUAGCUAAUAAGGGUGGUGGAGUUGCCAUUGCACCGCCACCCUCUUUACAAGAAAUAUCUAUUGCUAAUGAAGGAGAUCCUUCUUCAAAUGUUACUAUACCCUAUUCUGCUAGUUCUGUAGCCGCAAAAAUUAUGGCCAAAUUUGGUUAUAAAGAUGGUCAAGGUUUGGGCAAGCAGGAGCAGGGUAUGUCCAUGGCUUUGCAAGUGGAAAAGACUUCUAAACGUGGUGGUCGCAUUAUACAUGAACGUGAUGUAUUCUUGCCGCCACCACCGGCAGCAGCAUCAGCUGCCCCUAAUCCAAUUGCUAACAUGGGUCCCCCUACUCCCUCAACAGCGGCAGCAGCUACAAAUGAAGCAGCAGAAACGGAGCCUAGUAUUACAGAAAUUAUGAAGGCUCCUAGUAAAGUGGUGCUACUAAGAAAUAUGGUGGGACCUGGUGACGUAGAUGAAGAUUUGGAGCCAGAGGUAAAAGAUGAAUGCAAUACCAAAUACGGAGAUGUUUCGAAUGUUUUAAUACACGAAUCUUUUGGCACGGCGCCCGAAGAUGCAGUUAAAAUCUUUGUAGAAUUUAAGCGCAUAGAAAGUGCCAUUAAAGCUGUUGUGGACUUAAAUGGUCGCUUCUUUGGAGGACGUCAAGUACGAGCUGGUUUUUAUAAUUAUGAUAAAUUUAAAAGUCUAGAAUUGCAUUAAGUUGAAAACAAAAAAAUAAAUACUUUAACCACAUAAA